CGCCUGCCCUGCCCAUGGGAAUCCAUCUCGAAUAACGUUACCAGCCUCUGCCAUUGCCAACCCGAACGGACAUGACCGGCACAAAACGCAAGGGACACCACAAGAGCCGCUUAGGUUGUAACAACUGCAAAGCUCGGAAAGUCAAGUGCGAUGAGAACAAGCCAUCAUGUUCGAACUGCAUCAGGCGUCAAGUCGACUGCGAUUUUUCUCCAAUCGGAACUCCGCAGCCGCGUGUGUCUCCUGGGGGCCUUAAUAUGACGGAUUUAGAGCUGCUGCACCACUACUCCACCGCCACGUACCUGACCUUGGUAGAGAGUCCAACCAUGAGAGAGUUCUACAGGAAGACGGUCGUGCAGGUAGGGCUCAGCUGCGACUACAUCAUGAGGGCCAUCCUGGCUGUGUCCAGUCUGCACCUCGCCCACCACCGUCCGGAACGGCGAGAUCAUUACCAGGCCGUGGCCAUCGCCCACCACCAGGCCGCGUCGCAGGCCGCCAUGCUGCUCAUCUCGGAUGCGACGCCCGAGAGCGCGCAGAUGCUCUUUAUGUUCUCGGUGCUGACAACCUACUAUGCUCUGGGGUGGCCGCGCAAAUCUGGUGAUACCCUCCUGCUUGCGGAUUCGGGGUUCCCCGACUGGGUGUAUCUGACCCGCGGGACAAAAGGCUUCAUCGACCUGGCGGGCGUGCCGAACGACGGACCGCUGGCGCCCUUGUUCGCGCACUCCACCAACCGCUACAUGCUGCGCGAGGGGCCGGAAGCGUCCGACUCGUCGGCGCACCCCGCGCUGACAGAACUUGGGGACGUCUUUGCGCGGCGGCCGCUGGAGGAGGGCCUGCGCCAGAUCUACGUGACGGCGCUUCGGGAGCUGAAAAAGUCGUUUGGCCAGGCACAAGCAUACGCAGGGCAGUACGAGAUGACGGACGCCUUUACUUGGAUCUUCCUAAUGGCCGAAGACCUGCUGCCGCUGCUGCGGACGCCGACCCAGGAGGCCGUGGUCAUCUUUGCCUUCUUCUGCGUGCUGCUCAAGAAACUCGACGGCCACUGGUGGAUGCAGGGCUGGGGCCGGCACCUCAUCGCCCACUCGUAUGGGCUGCUGGACGAGGAGGGACGGCUGUUGAUUCGCUGGGCGGUAGAGGAGAUUGGUUGGGUGCCGCCGUCCGCGAUGGAACGCUUGUGA